CCUCUUCUGCUUUUCGCCAAUCGUCGGGAUGUCAGACUGGUGGAUGCUGGAGGAGUGAAGCCAGAGUCCACCAUAGUGGUCAGCGGCUUAGAAGAUGCCGCGGCGGUUGACUUUCAGUACUCACAAGGCAUCGUUUACUGGACAGACGUGAGCGAAGAAGCCAUCAAGCAAACGUACUUGAACCAAACUGGGAAUGUAGUGCAGAAUGUCAUUAUUUCUGGUCUGGUUUCUCCGGAUGGCCUGGCAUGUGAUUGGAUUGGGAAAAAGCUGUAUUGGACAGACUCAGAAACCAAUAGGAUAGAAGUUGCUAAUCUCAAUGGAACAUCUAGAAAAGUCCUCUUCUGGCAAGACCUUGACCAGCCAAGGGCAAUUGCCUUGGAUCCAGCACAUGGGUACAUGUAUUGGACGGACUGGGGAGAAACACCCAGAAUAGAACGGGCAGGAAUGGAUAGCAGCACUCGAAAAAUAAUUGUUAAUUCAGACAUUUAUUGGCCUAAUGGACUCACGAUAGAUCUUGAUGAGCAGAAGCUAUACUGGGCUGAUGCAAAGCUGAGUUUCAUUCAUAGAGCAAAUCUGGAUGGUUCCUUUAGGCAAAAGGUUGUGGAAGGGAGUCUCACUCACCCAUUUGCGCUGACAUUGUCUGGAGAGACGUUGUAUUGGACAGACUGGCAGACUCGCUCCAUUCAUGCCUGUGACAAAAGGACCGGAGAGAAAAAGAGAGAAAUACUGAAUGCACUUUACUCACCGAUGGACAUCCAAGUCUUGAGUCCAGAGCGGCAGCCAUACUUUCAUACUCCCUGCGAAGAAAACAAUGGAGGCUGCUCUCACCUCUGCCUGCUGUCUCCCAGAGACCCCUUCUACAGCUGUGCCUGUCCCACUGGAGUGCAGCUGGAAGAUGAUGGCAAGACCUGUAAAGCAGGUGCGGAGGAAGUCUUGCUGCUCGCUAGAAGGACAGAUUUGCGAAGAAUCUCCUUGGACAUGCCAGACUUCACUGACAUUAUUCUGCAGAUAGACAAUAUCAGGCAUGCGAUUGCAAUAGACUAUGAUCCUGUUGAGGGCUACAUAUACUGGACUGACGAUGAUGUCCGGGCUAUUCGUCGGGCUUACCUUGAUGGUUCUGGAGCACAGACCCUAGUGACCACAGAAAUUAAUCAUCCUGAUGGCAUAGCAGUGGAUUGGGUGGCAAGGAACCUGUACUGGACUGACACAGGAACAGAUCGCAUUGAAGUAACGCGGUUGAAUGGGACAUCCAGAAAGAUCCUUAUAUCGGAAAAUCUAGAUGAACCUAGAGCAAUAGUGCUAAAUCCUGUGAUGGGCUACAUGUAUUGGACGGACUGGGGUGAAAAUCCAAAGAUCGAAUGUGCUUAUCUGGAUGGCUCAGAGAGGAGGGUCCUAGUGAACAGUUCUCUAGGUUGGCCUAAUGGCUUGGCACUGGAUCUUGAAGAAGACAAACUCUACUGGGGAGAUGCAAAGACAGACAAAAUUGAAGUAAUAAAUGUUGACGGAACAAUGAGAAAAACUCUACUAGAAGAUAAGCUUCCUCAUAUAUUUGGGUUUACUUUGCUGGGGGACUACAUCUACUGGACAGACUGGCAGAGACGAAGUAUUGAAAGAGUUCACAAAAUAAGAGCAAGCAGGGAUAUCAUCAUAGAUCAGUUGCCAGACCUAAUGGGCCUCAAAGCAGCAAGUGUGACCAAAGUGUUUGGAACCAAUCCUUGUGCUGAGAAUAAUGGAGGCUGCAGCCAUCUGUGUUUCUUCACACCUCUGGAGACUAGAUGUGCUUGUCCCAUAGGACUGGAGUUGCUGAGCGACAUGAAGACCUGCAUCAUUCCUGAAGCCUUCCUUGUUUUCACCAGCAGAGCAGCAAUUCAUAGGAUUUCCCUUGAAACCAACAAUAAUGAUGUAGCUAUUCCUCUAACUGGUGUCAAAGAGGCGUCUGCUCUGGAUUUUGAUGUGUCUGAUAAUAGAAUCUAUUGGACUGAUAUUAGCUUAAAGACCAUAAGCCGGGCAUUCAUGAAUGGGAGCUCUGUUGAGCAUGUGAUUGAGUUUGGAUUAGACUACCCUGAGGGAAUGGCAGUAGACUGGAUGGGAAAGAACCUUUACUGGGCAGAUACUGGAACCAAUAGAAUUGAAGUAGCGCGCCUGGAUGGACAGUACAGACAGGUUCUUGUGUGGAAGGAUUUGGAUAACCCAAGGUCUUUGGCUCUUGAUCCUACUAAAGGUUAUAUGUACUGGACAGAGUGGGGAGGUAAACCAAGGAUUGUUCGAGCAUAUAUGGAUGGGACAAACAGCAUCACUUUGGUUGAUAAAGUGGGACGUGCCAAUGAUUUAACUAUUGACUAUGCAGACCAAAGACUAUAUUGGACUGACCUAGACACAAGUAUGAUUGAGUCAUCAAACAUGCUAGGUCAAGAAAGGGAAAUAAUAGCAGAUGAUCUACCUCAUCCAUUUGGACUAACACAGUACAGUGAUUACAUCUACUGGACAGACUGGAACCUUCACAGUAUAGAAAGAGCAGACAAGACCAAUGGGAAGAACCGGACACUAAUUCAAGGACAUCUGGAUUUUGUGAUGGACAUAUUGGUCUUUCACUCUUCGCGCCAGGAUGGCUUGAAUGACUGCGUGCAAAACAAUGGGCACUGUGGACAAUUGUGCCUUGCCAUACCAAAUGGGUAUAGAUGUGGGUGUGCCUCUCACUAUACCUUGGAUCCCAACAGCAGGAACUGCAGUUCACCCACCAGCUUCUUGCUGUUUAGCCAGAAGUCUGCAAUCAGUCGGAUGAUACCAGAUGACCAGCAAAGUCCAGAUAUCAUCCUUCCGCUGCAUGGUCUAAGAAAUGUCAAGGCCAUUGAUUACGAUCCCUUAGAUAAACUGAUUUAUUGGGUGGAUGGACGUCAGAACAUUAUUAAAAGAGCCAAAGAUGAUGGUACCCAGCCUUUCACUGUCAUGAGCACUCCAAACCAAAGCCAAAACCCAGAGAAGCAGCCGCAUGACCUGAGUAUUGAUAUUUACAGCCAUACCUUGUACUGGACCUGUGAGGCCACAAAUUCAAUCAGUGUUCACAGACUUAAUGGAGAACCAAUUGGAACGGUGUUAAAAGGAGAUCAUGACAAGCCAAGAGCCAUAGUAGUCAAUGCAGAGCGAGGGUACAUGUACUUCACCAACAUGCAAGAGCGAGCCCCGAAGAUAGAGCGCGCAGCCCUGGACGGCACGGAACGAGAAGUGCUCUUUAGUACCGGGCUGAUCCGACCUGUGGCGCUGGUAAUUGACAACAAGCUUGGGAAACUCUUCUGGGUGGACGCAGAUCUCAAACGCAUUGAAAGCUGUGAUUUGUCAGGAGCUAACCGUGUGACACUGGAGGACUCCAACAUCCUGCAGCCAAUGGGACUGACUGUGUUGGGGAAUCACUUGUACUGGAUUGACCGUCAGCAGCAGAUGAUUGAGAGAGUUGAGAAAACCAGUGGAUACAAGAGGACUAGAAUCCAAGGCCGAAUUGCUCACUUGACAGGCAUUCAUGCAGUGGAAGAAGUUGAUAUGGAUGAAUUUUCUGCACAUCCAUGUUCCCGUGACAAUGGUGGCUGUUCACACAUCUGCAUUGCAAAAGGAGAUGGAACCCCAAGAUGCUCAUGCCCAGAUCAUCUUGUACUUUUACAGAACCUCUUAACAUGUGGAGAACCUCCAACUUGUUCCCCAGAUCAGUUUACCUGUGCGACUGGGGAGAUAGACUGUAUCCCAAUGGCAUGGCGAUGUGAUGGAUUUCCAGAAUGUGAUGACCGGAGUGAUGAAGAUAGCUGUCCUAUAUGCUUAGCAGCCCAGUUUCAGUGUGAGAAAGGACAAUGUAUUGAUGCCCGCUUGCGGUGUAAUGGAGAAAUUGACUGCCAAGAUAAAUCCGACGAAGCAGACUGCAAUACAAUCUGUCUCCCAAAUCAGUUUCGAUGUGCCAGUGGCCAGUGCAUCCUCAUAAAACAGCAAUGUGACUCCUUUCCAGAUUGCAUCGAUGGUUCCGAUGAACUCAUGUGUGAAAAAAACACAUCCUCAGAUGAACCUCAACCCCACGUUAGUGCUAUUGGACCUGUCAUUGGUAUCAUACUGUCCCUUUUGGUCAUGGGAGGAAUGUAUUUUGUUUGCCAGCGAGUGGUGUGUCAGCGCUAUGCUGGACCCAAUGGACCUUUUCCGCAUGAAUAUGUCAGCGGAACCCCUCAUGUCCCUCUUAAUUUUAUAGCUCCAGGGAGUUCUCAGCAUGGCACUUUUACUGGUAAGGAUGGCAUCUCUUGUGGAAAGUCUAUGAUUAGCUCCAUGAGCCUCAUGGGAGGAAGUAGCGGUGCCCCUCUGUAUGACAGAAACCAUGUUACUGGAGCCUCUUCUAGUAGUUCAUCUAGCACUAAAGCCUCUUUCUACCCACAGAUUUUGAACCCACCUCCUUCCCCAGCCACUGAUCGCUCCUUAUAUAACACCGAGAUGUUCUAUUCAUCAAACAUUCCUUCAACAACAAGAUCUUACAGACCCUACCUUAUACGAGGGAUAGCUCCGCCCACGACACCAUGCAGCACAGAUGUGUGCGACAGCGACUACACCACAAGCCGGUGGAAGGCCAACAAAUACUACAUAGAUCUAAAUUCAGACUCAGACCCUUAUCCCCCUCCCCCCACGCCUCGCAGCCAGUAUAUGUCGGCAGAAGAAAGCUGCCCUCCAUCUCCCGCCACAGAGCGAAGCUACUUUCACCUCUACCCCCCUCCUCCGUCUCCUUGUACAGACUCCUCAUGA